UGCCCGGUGCCCGCCCGUGCGCCCGCGCCGCCGCGCCGCCAGCAACUUUGGAGCCGGAGCGGCGGGAGGAGCCGAGAGGCCGGAGCGACCCGCCCUCCCUGCCCGGCCAUGGCCGCACCCGCCCGGCUGCUGACCGCGCUCCUGCUGCUCCGCGGCGCCAGAGCUGUGAGUGACAUUGGGGACUAUGUCGGCUCUAACCUGGAGAUCUCCUGGCUCCCCAAUCUGGACAGCUUGGUGGAAGGCUACGCCCGCAACUUCCGGCCCGGCAUUGGAGACUCAGCGCCGCCCCUGCAGCUCUGCCCCUUCCUUGCAGGACCGCCUGUGAACGUGGCACUGGCCAUCGAGGUGGCCAGCAUUGACCAUAUCUCAGAGGCCAACAUGGAGUACACCAUGACAGUGUUUGUGCACCAGAGCUGGAGGGACAGCCGGCUCUCCUACAGCCACACCAACGAGACCCUGGGCCUGGACAGUCGCUUCGUUGACAAGCUCUGGCUCCCGGACACCUUCAUCGUCAACGCCAAGUCGGCCUGGUUCCACGACGUGACGGUGGAGAACAAGCUCAUCCGGCUGCAGCCUGACGGGGUGAUUCUCUACAGCAUCCGCAUCACAUCCACAGUGGCCUGUGACAUGGACCUGGCCAAGUACCCCAUGGACGAGCAGGAGUGCAUGCUGCAUCUGGAGAGCUAUGGCUACUCAUCUGAGGACAUCCUCUACUACUGGUCGGAAAACCAGGAGCAGAUCCACGGGCUGGACAAGCUGCAGCUGGCCCAGUUCACCAUCACCAGCUACCGCUUCACUUCGGAGCUGAUGAACUUCAAGUCCGCCGGCCAGUUCCCGAGGCUCAGCCUGCAUUUCCACCUGCGGAGAAACCGGGGUGUGUACAUCAUCCAGUCCUACAUGCCAUCCGUCCUCCUGGUGGCCAUGUCCUGGGUUUCCUUCUGGAUCAGCCAGGCAGCCGUGCCCGCCCGCGUGUCUCUCGGCAUCACCACCGUGCUGACCAUGACGACACUAAUGGUGAGUGCCCGCUCCUCCUUGCCACGCGCCUCGGCCAUUAAGGCGCUGGACGUGUACUUCUGGAUCUGCUACGUGUUUGUGUUUGCCGCGCUGGUGGAGUAUGCCUUCGCUCACUUCAACGCCGACUACAGGAAGAAGCAGAAGGCCAAGAGCGUGGGCCAGAGGGUGGAGAUGGACGUGAGGAAUGCCAUUGUGCUCUUCUCUCUCUCGGCGGCCGGCGUCAGCAGGGAGCUGGCUCUGUCCGGCCCUCAGCGCCUCGUCCCCGGGAACCUCAUGGGCGCCUACCGCUCGGUGGAGGUGGAGACAGGAGAGAUGAAGAAGCGGGGGGCAGCCCCGGCCGCGGCCCAGGGCAGCCUCCGUGCGCUUUUCAAACCCAUCGAUGCAGACACCAUCGACACCUACGCCCGCGCUGUGUUCCCCGCGGCCUUUGCCGCCGUCAACGUCAUCUACUGGGCAGCCUACACCAUGUGAGGACUCGAGUCCCAGGGUGGGCAAGCCCGGGUCCCCAUGGCUCCGUCCAGGCCACCCCACCCUUCUUCUGGAGCCACCCAACACCUGCCCUCCUCCCUCCCCCCUCCGGCACGGCCCUCCUUCCUGCCUCUCCUCCCUCCUCCCCCUCCUCUCUGCCCUCUUGGCCCUCUUGCUGUCCCGUCCUGCCUGCCCCUCCCACUUGUCUCCAUUCCCCCUCCCACCUGCCCCCUUUCCUCCCUUCUGCCCAUCCCUUCCCCCCUCCUGCCUCGAUCUCCUCCUCUCCCCCUCCUGCCCUCUUGUUUGGUCCCCCCCGCCCGCCCCCACCUGCCCCCUUUCCUCCCUCCUGCCCAUCCCCUCCUCUUUCCUGCCUGCCCCUUGCCGACCCCCUUCUCAGCACAGACAGGUUUGAGGCUGCUCCAUCUGGGCCCUGGGCGGCCUGGGGACCCCCAAAUGGCCACUGUGCUCAGGCCUGACUCUGGGGUUGCCCUCAAGGAAUGGGGUGCCAGCAUGAAGCCAAUAAAGCCCUGGGGCCGAGGGUG